GUUCCUCCACCUUCGGCUCUCGAAUCAGAACCUGAGCACCAUGGCCGACCUCGACCUCCUCUUCGCCCCCGUCCCCGCCUCCGAUCUCGAGACCGCCAUCGCCAUCGAGAAAGCCAGCUACCCAGAGGAUGAGGCGGCGACCCUGGAAGGAUUCAGAUAUCGCCAAUCCCAGGCGCCCGAUCUCUUCUUAGGCGCCUAUCUGCCUGCACGCCCGGAUGGCACGCCAUCUCGCACCCUCAUCGGCUAUAUCUGCGCCACCACCUCUCCUGCGUCGACACUCACGCACGAGUCCAUGUCCAAUCACGUCCCCGGCGCGUCCUCCGUGUGCAUUCACUCCGUGUGCGUCGCGCCGGAGUACAGGCGGCGAGGGAUUGCGCUUCGGCUGCUCAAGGAGUACGUCGCGAGGCUGGAGUCACAGAUGAGCACACCCUACACCCGCAUCCUCCUCAUCGCGCACGACGACCUCGUCCCGCUGUACGAGAAGGCCGGGUUCACGCUGGUCGGACCGAGCAAGGUGCAGCAUGGGGCACGGCCGUGGUUUGAGAUGAAGAGGGAGUUGAGGGAGGGUGUGCUGUCGCGCGAGGCGGCGAAGGAGCUCCCGCCUGCACAAGCUGUGCCACCAGCACCUCAAGCACCACCUGCGCAGAGCGAUCCUCAACAACCGCAGUCCCUCCCGCCCGGGCUGUUCGAGGCUCUCCAGCGCUCCUCGACGCGUACAAGGCCGUCCGGAAAGCUGCUCAGUGAGCUGCCAGGCGGGAUGGCGGAUGUGGUGGAGGCGAGUGCGGACAAGCCAGGUGCAAUGGUCAACAAACACGACCUGCUCUGCCCGCGCGAAGGCUGCGGAAGCAUCAUCUUGAAGGCCGGGGCCGCGACGUGGACGGAGAGGGCGUCGGUACAUAUGGAGCCGGCGGGUAGUGCCCCCAAUCCCCACCUCGCCGCCCUGCCUCCGCCGCCGGAGACGACGCAGUGGUGGCUGGUGACCGGGUCGAUGAUGACGUUUGAGAACAUUGGGUUCUCGAAUACGAUUCCGAGUGCGGAGAAGGGAGGCGCCUCAAUGAAGUUGCUCACUUGCGCUGAGUGCGAUCUGGGUCCCCUUGGGUGGAACGAGGUGGGAGGUAAAGAAUUCUGGUUAGCUGCUGCUAGGGUAGCGUACAGGGGGUAAACCCUGUUGUUAAGAUAGAAAUAAUGUAUCGAUAUCUUCUCUCAUCCGAGGACGGGGAAAAAC